AUGGCCGAAGCUGCUGACUGUCCGCGUCGCUCCGCCACGGGCAAGUGCGAGGCGAGCGGUGUUGGAGUGGCGAGAGCCCGCUGGCGGCUGCUCGGACAGGUUCUGAAGAAAAAGCACUUGAAAGACAUGCAUCUUCAACAAGUGUCUGUAAGAAGGUUUGCAUCAUUCAAUCUUUUUUCAGUAGAAGGCCAGAAUACAGAAGAGGAAACUGGAACAUGGGUUCAGUAUAGAAGCGUCUUUUAUCCUGAGUAUAGUGUGUCCUUAAGAUUUCACAAUGGACAGUUAAAUGUUAAAGAUGUUCUUACAAGUUUUGACAACACAGGGAAUGUCUGUCUCUGGCCAUCUGAAGAAGUGUUGGCUUACUACUGCCUAAAGCACAAUGAAAUAUUCAGGGACCUUGCUGUGUGUGAGCUAGGGGGUGGCAUGACAUGCUUGGCUGGGCUCAUGGUUGCUAUUUCUGCAGAUGUCAAAGAAGUUCUGUUAACUGAUGGAAAUGAAAAGGCCAUCAAAAAUGUAAGUGAGAUCAUCACAAGAAACCAAAAUGCGGGAGUAUUUAAGGCUCAGAAAGUGUCAAGCUGCAUUUUACGAUGGGAUAAUGAGACAGAUGUCUCUCAACUGGAAGGACAUUUUGACAUUGUUAUGUGUGCUGACUGCCUGUUUCUGGACCAGUACAGAGCUAGCCUCGUUGAUGCAAUAAAGAGAUUACUCCAACCCAGUGGAAAAGCAAUGGUAUUUGCUCCACUCCGAGGGAAUACUUUAAACCAGUUUUGCAAUCUAGCUGAGAAAGCUGGUUUCUCUAUCCAAAGACACGAGAAUUAUGAUGAACACAUUUCGAACUUCCACUCCAAGUUGAAAAAUGAAGAAAAAGAUACAUACGAGGAAAACCUCCAUUACCCUUUUCUCCUUGUUCUAACCAAACACAGAUAG